ACAAAUUUCCCUUAUAUAUAUACAUCCCUGGUUUCUUAGUGCUUCGACACAGCCGUUGCUUCAUGAUCGGUGCUGGCUUGCCGGUCGCAUUGGCCCCUUCGAUUGCCGCCGCCGCUGCUGCUGCUGUGUGACGUUCUCCCUUGCGUACAGGGCCUGCUGGCGUUUUAGACACCGCAUUCUUCUCAGCAAUGAAGAUUUCUCUCUGAAAGCGUGCACUAAAGCUAUCUGAAGAAUAGCGGCCGUUCCUCUGCAAUAUAUCCUCUCUAACCCUGACCCUGCAACUCGUCUGGAUGGCGGCCCCCGCUUUGUCUACCGGCGGGUUGAUCGACCCGACCAAACAGGCUGAGUAUCCCAUCGUGCUGGGUGAUCGACUCAAUGGUAAAUCUAGCUCGCCACAGUCGCAGCUGGUCAAUAUCCAAUAUAACUAUAAGACCAAGUCAGCGACCGCACGGCAACGCAUCACCCGAGCCCGACAGUCCCGCGAUCGCUACAACCUCACAAUCACCGAUAAAGCGCCCAACGCCGAUAACGUCCUGACCUAUUCAUACCAAGGCAGUGUCGACCCAACACAAGCUGUCUCGGAUGCUGGGGAACAUAAUUUGGUGCUAGUCUUUGACGCAGCGCGGAAAGUGUUUGUCUUGGAGCCGGUUUCAACGCAGCUGAACUUCAACCUCCGGUCUGCUCCGGCCAAAUCCCAGAAGCAGGUGCUAGAGCAAUAUGAGCAGCUACGCACUUUGCAGGAAGAGGACCAUGGGUCGGGUGAUGAUCGGGGCAUGGACAAUGCCAGCGGUAAUGAUGAUGGCCCUGCUGACGACAGCAAUCCCUAUGACUACCGGCACUUCCUCCCCAAGGAGAAUGCGGACGAUGACAAGUCGGGCUCGGACAAGACACCAGAACCCCCCUCCUACACCAGCAAGCUCGAUACUCCGUUGAUGUCCGCUACCAGAUCCAUUCCUAGCCCUCAACCACCCCCGGAGAGCCGGACGAAGCCUGUAAACGCAAAGAAGAAGAAGCCAGACGGGGUCAAGCCUCCUAAAACGGUGGCUGCUCGGCCACCGCCCAGGUCUCCGCCCCGUCCUGUGCACCCAAGGGAAGAGCGGAAGGCAGAGGUCGAGGAGGAGCCUUCAGUGGAGACAUUUAAUUCCUCGCCGUCCGACACGGGUCUGGGUGCUGUCUCUUCUCAAAAGGCAGUUCCAUCACCGGGCUCGAAUAUCAUCAUCGACGGCGAUCUCAUCAUUGAUAUGGGCUCUCCGCCGCCUGCUCGUCCCUUCCGGGUCAAUCCCGCAUACUUCUCUUCGAACAACACCCCGGCGGAUGAGGAAGGGCAUCGGGAUGAGGACGAGGACCAGGAGGAGGAUGAGGAUAUUGAGGACCUACGGCUCCCCUCUCCGGCUGGCCACGGAGGAGCGCCGGUGGCCUCGAGCGGCCUAAACCUGGAGCCCGGGUUGGAUGAGGAGGAGCUGGAGGUUGAUGAUGAUCCUCUCGCGGCGGAGAUGGAGGCGGCGUUUGAGGAGGAUGUACAGGAAGACGACCGGAGUCAGCCAGUUCCCACGCAAGCGGUGUCGCAGCAGUAUCAUAUGGCCAGUGAGGAUGAGAGCGAAGUCAGUGAGGAGGAAUAAGGGGAUGGAAGGGUCUACCGUGUAGCAUGUUUGCUAAUAUCUCUCGUAUUUCUCUUUGGGGGCAUGGUUCCCCCGUGUUUGCGUAUAUACCAGCAAAGCAAGGCGCCAUUCGGAGUUUUAAUCACGGGCAAGGUUCAGACUACCAGGGAACUUCGUCGUAUAAUAUGAUAACAGCAAUAACAAUGACAAUAACA